ACUGUUAUUCACUUUACAAGAGCAAUAAAUGACGAUUCAGAAUUUUAUCUCCAGGAAAUGAGAAGUUUGAGUGAAUUGCCAUUAGACAAAUUGAUUCAAAUCAGAUCUACAUUUGCAGAUGAAAUCAACGAAGCGGAUGGAAAUUUGACAGUUAGCAGCAGGAUGGGAGGUUUUUUACUUCCUUCGGCGCUUCCUCUCAAAAGAAAUAGUAAUAAGCCUAUUAGAAGGUACGAGGAGUGGGACGAUAAGGGAAAGGAUACAAAAAUUUCGAAAAUAUUUCAACUUGUCAUAACCGCACUUUCUUUUUUGGCAUUUGGAGGAUACCUUUUGACUCUGAUUAUUAUGGCGUGUAAGCGCGCUGUACCUCCACCUACGGCGUCAAGUUUCAUAGUUCUUUCGGAUUUGAAGAAUUUGCAAAAAAUCAAAAGACCCAAACGAAACAUUUUCGUUUUCGAUCCAAUGGAAAAUGAGUUUGACACCGACAGGAUCUAUAGAGGAAUGAUAAUGUUAUCUCGAGGAUACGCACUUUAUAAUAAAUAA